AAUUUUUGUAUUUAAGAAACAUUUACAUGUAUAUUUAUAUAUAUUUUAUAUUAUAAAUCUAAAUAAAAAAUAUGCCUAAAUACCAUUUUCUUAAAUUCAUGUUUGUGUGUAUUUAUAUAUGCAUAAUAUAUACACACAUAUAUAUUAUGCAAAACACAAACUUUUAUUUUGUAUGUUAUUAAUCACGAUUAUUCUUUUGACAGCCCUAGCAUAUUCAUAAAUAAAUAAAAAUAUUUAGAGAGAGGAUAAAAAUACACAUUUAAAAUAAUAACUUAAAUGAACUUAAAUAGAGAGUGAGAAGAAAGGAAAGAAGAAUUAAGGGCAAUAUUACAAUAAAUCAGAUCAAGCAGCUUCUGAUCUCUCAUUUUAUCAAUGGUUUUGUAAAAACACCAAGUAUUUUUUUAUAUAUAAUAAGGAGUGGGAGGAAUUUAAAGAAUUUACAUUUAUGAAUGAAAUAUUUUCCCAAUAAUACAAUGUUAUUAAGCAAAUAACAAUGAACACAUAUGUUGUAAAGUGAAAGCAGAGUCGAUAAAAAGUUAAGCACCCAAUCGCAGCGCGAAGCGUCACCGGCGGCAUUACAGAUGCAUUGUGGGAGUUGUUGUUUUGUGAGCUUCGCUCCCACCGGGGCGCUUAUAAACAUUUCACUGUCGUGCAAACAAAGUCUGAGGCAAAAUGCGAUGUUCUAGGUAUUUAACCAUUCUGUUUUUUUACAGUAACACAGUGAUUAUUUAAUGAAACAUCGAGACAGUUAUGUUUUAUGAAAAUGAAACGUGCACGUCUCCAGUCAAAUAAGUGUUAAGUCGUCAGGCUAAAUUUAGAAUAACACGCGUGACAAACAUCUCAUACAUCUGUGACUCCGAACAGGAAUAUUUUACUUUAGGUUGUGAAAAUGGAGUCUUUGUCAGCAGCAAACACACAAUUCUCUCUCAAUGUGUUUAAGAAGAUCAGUGAGAUAAACACAAGUGGAAAUGUCUUCUACUCUCCUCUCAGCAUCUCCUCGGCUCUGGCCAUGGUGUCACUUGGUGCUGAAGAAAACACAAAAGAUCAGAUCUUACAGGUUCUGUGUCUUAACAAAUCUGGACCAGAUACUAAGACAGCUGAUCAGCAGGAGGAUCUCAUUCAUUCCAGCUACAACAAACUCAUGAGCGAGUUGAACAAACCAGGAGUCCCAUAUAUGUUGAGUCUUGCCAAUCGUCUGUAUGGAGAGAAAUCCUAUCAGUUUAUUGAUAAAUUCAUUAGUGAGACUCAGAAAUACUACCAGGCUGGACUGGAGUCUGUGGACUUCAUAAAAAACUCAGAAGCUGCACGCGUCAACAUCAACAACUGGGUGGAGGAAAACACACAAGGGAAGAUCAAAGAUUUGCUGCCACAGGGGAUCGUCAAUGAAAUGACGAGUUUGGUUUUGGUGAACGCCAUAUACUUAAAGGCGAACUGGGAAAAAAAAUUCCUAAAGCAAGCCACUGAUGAUCAACAGUUUAAAGUGAACAAGAAUGAAACUAAACCAGUGAAGAUGAUGAAACAGAAGUCCAAGUUUCCUCUGACCUUCAUCCCAGAGGUGAACAGUCAGAUCCUGGAGCUGCCGUAUGUUGGGAAGAAUCUGAGUAUGUUGAUCAUCCUUCCAAAUGAGAUUGAAGACGACACCACUGGACUUCAGCAGCUGGAGGAAACACUGACCUAUGAGAAGCUCAUGGAGUGGACCAAACCUGACAAGAUGAUUGUAGAAAAUGUUCAGAUAUCUCUGCCUAAAUUCAAGCUGGAAGAAACUUACGACAUGAAGCAUCUACUGGUGAAACUGGGAAUGGUGGAUGCUUUUGAGAUGGGGAAGGCAAAUUUUUCAGGAAUGUCCCCCCAAAAUCUGAUGGUGUCUGAGGUGAUUCAUAAAACUUUUGUUGAAGUCAAUGAAGAGGGAACAGAAGCAGCAGCAGCUACUGGUGUUUGCAUGAUGCUAAAAUCCUGCAGGUUUAUGUCUCUGAAGAUCUUCAAUGCUGAUCAUCCCUUCCUGUUCUUCAUCCGACACAAUCCCACCAACACCAUUCUGUUUUAUGGACGCUUCUGCUCUCCAUGAGCUUCUCCUGCUGGUCUGACCUUUUCAUUUGUUUUAAAUAAUUGAACAAUGAAAUUUCUAGACUGGGUUAUGGUCAUGAGCUGUGUACUCUUUCUUUAGUGUAACCCAAGCUUGUACAUUAUAAAUAUAGUUUAUAAAUCUAUAUGGUAAUAGUAUCUAGUAUUCUUUGCUCCUGCUGCUAAUAAAGUUUCCUUUUCUUGCAUAAAAUGCACUUGAUUACAAAAUCAAAUUUAAAAUCACAAUCUCUAAUAUGGAAGGACUAGUAAGCCAUUAAACGCCACCUCGGUCAAAAAUGAGAUAAUGAUAUUGUCCAAAUACUCUUGGCUCAUAUAAAACAUUCAUCAAAUAUUUUUCAGAUAUUUUUUUGGCAGAGUCCAUUAAUAUUCUUUUUAUUUUUCUAUUUUUCAGCAAAGCCCUCUAAGUGGAUAAAAGAAAAAUAGCAUGAAAACGGUGCAUGUAGGGCAGAGUUCAAUUGUCAAGCUGCAAAAGUGUUUUACCUUCUUUAAGGAGGUUUACAGAAGCCUUUUUUAAAAACAUUUUUCCUUUUUUUAAAAAGGACCUCUUACCUUAAUAUUGAACAAAAAUCCUCCCACAUUUAAACUAUGGGAAAAACAAUUUGCAUCUGUGUUUUUUUUUUAGAUAUUACAAUUCUGCAGGAACACCGCAGACCUGUCACCACUGGUUUAUGUACCACCUUAAAUCAGUCCAAUAUAGCGGACGACUUGAGUAUUGGGGCUAAUGUGGCAUCUAUGUAUACAUAUAUCUAUGGUUGCCAUUCCACAAUUCACUGCGAUAGCGUGUUGCUACACUUUCAAAUAAACAAAC